AUGGAUUUGUCGAUGAACAACAGGGCCCAUUCGGCCGGUCUCGAAUAUCUCCUACGGCCCUCCAUCAUUGCCCAACAGAUCAAGAAGAAGAUGAGGGCCGAGAAGUGCGCAUUUUUGAGCUACAUCUCACACUGUGAAGGCGAGAGGCCCAAUGGAUCAUUGCAACGAGAUCCAGAUAUUUCCGAUGCAGUCAAUUGGUGCUUGAACAGGGGCUCGUGUUCUUGCAUUGAAGAGUACUCCGAUGAGACCUUUGAGGGCAAUGUGGAAAGUAUCGUCUACACCUUCCAUCACCACAUCGCAUCAGCUCGAGGAAAAGAAGUGGUCUUCAAGAGGCAACAGCACUGGCGACCACACGACGGCCACUACUUGUUGAGUACUGAUAGAUUUGCGCUAAUCGAGGCCGUCGAUCGGGUAGAGGCGCUGCUUCGCCCUUACAUAAAUCAUGCAGAACGGAACAAUUUUGAAUGCUUCAUCAAACACUACAGCCCGAACGCUACUUUAACUGAUGUUAGUCGAAGGACCGUCUUCAGCGGCCUGAAAGAAAUCAAAGCCUUCUUCUCUUCAUGCACCUGCCAAUCGGGCCGUUUCGAGUUUCGGGAUAUUUUACAACCAUUUUCCGGCUCCCCUCAAUUGAUCCGGUACCAAUUCGUACGCGAGUAUACAAAUAACGGCCUACAGACGAUGCAGAGUCAAAAUGUUGUGCAGUACUGGCGUCGCGUCGAUGGCGUCUAUAGCAUCGAAUCGGAAAUCAUCGAUUCCGGGCUGUUU